AUGUCUGAUGUUAAACAACUACUACCGCAAUGGAUUUAUAUUAUAUCAUUUUAUUCUUCUAUAACAUCAACAAUUAUUAUUUUGUUAUCGAUUUAUUUCCAUUUACUCAAUUAUCGUAAACCAUUUCAACAACGAUUAAUGAUUAGAAUUCAAUUAAUUGUUCCAUUAUUUGCUAUAUCAUGUUAUUCAAUGUUAAUUAAUCAAAUUUCACCAUUUAAUAAAUUUUUAUUAGAACCAAUUCGUGAAGUUUAUGAAGCAUUUGUUAUUUAUACAUUUUUUUCAUUAUUAACUGAUAUGUUAGGUGGUGAAAGACAAAUAAUUAUUGUUACUAGUGGUAGAGAACCUAUUAAUCAUCCUGGUAUAUUAAGAUUUUUAUUACCAAAAUUAGAUAUAUCUGAUCCUCAUACAUUUUUAAAUAUAAAACGAGGAAUAUUACAAUAUGUUUGGUUAAAACCAAUAUUAUGUAUAACAAUUAUAAUAUUGGAAGUAUUUGGAUUAUAUAAUGUUAAUGAUUUAAGUAUUAAAUCAAUUUAUUUUUGGUUAACUUUAAUUUAUAAUGCUAGUGUUACAUUAUCUCUUUAUUGUUUAGCAAUUUUUUGGAAAAUUUUAUGGGAUGAUUUAAAACCAUUUAAACCAGUUGGGAAAUUUUUAUGUGUUAAAUUAAUAAUUUUUGCUAGUUAUUGGCAAGGAAUUAUAUUAGCAAUUUUAUCAGUAUUAAAAUUAUUACCAAAUGGAGAUAUUGCUGAAAAUGAUGGAGAAAAUAUUGGUAUUGCUAUACAAAAUGCAUUAUUAUGUAUUGAAUUAAUUGGAUUUUCUAUUGGUCAUUGGAUUUCAUUUAGUUAUUAUCCAUUUACUAUAUCACAAUUACCUUAUGGAAGAUUUCAAUUUAAAUAUGCUUUGAAAGAUUGUUUAGGUUUUAAAGAUUUAAUAUCGGAUUUUGGUUUAACUUUUUAUGGUGAUUAUUAUAAAGAUUAUAAACAAUUUGAUUCUGUAGAAGCUAUGGUAGCUCAUCCAGAAUCAAAGGGAAGAAUGAGUCGUAUUCAUCAAGGUUUAAGAUAUCAUUAUGAUGGUAAACAUAAACAUUGGUUACCAGAUAAUCAAUCAAUAAUUACCACCACCACCACCACCAACACCAACACCAACACCAACAUCUCUCUUCUAUCCCUGCAACAACAAGGACAAGGACAAACACUGAUCAAUUCAAAUUCUAUGAGUAUUCCAAGUACUUCAGAAAUUCAUGCAUUAGAUAAUUCUUCUUUAUUAUCAAAUAAUACUUCAAUGAAAGGAUUAUAUUCCGUAUCAUCACGUCGAUCAUCAUCAUUAGAAGAAAAUUAUUCACCAUUACUUGACUCACAACAACAACAACAACAACAACAACAACAAAAAUCAUUAUCAUUAUCAUUAUCCACAGAACAACAAUAUAUACAGCCAAUAUCGAUUCAAGAAAUUAUUGAAAAUGAUUUAGAAUUUUCUAGUUAUAAUAAUAAUAAUAAUAAUAAUAAUAAUAAUAAUAAUAAUAAUAAUAAUAAUGGUGAUGGUGAUGAUAAUCUUAUUGAUUAUUCAAAUGAAGGAUUUGAUAUUGAUGAAUUAUUAUAUAAUGAAUCAAUUAAACAAAUUAAUAUUUAUCGAUUAGAUGAUGGAAAAAUUAAAAAAAUUUUAAAUUAUCCUAUAGUUGAUGAAGUUAUUGAUAGUCAUGUUUAUGGUUAUAAAGUUCAAAAAUUACGUCAACGACAAAAAAUUCGUGAUUUGAAAUUGAAAAAGCAACAACAAAGAAGGUAUAAUAAUAAUGGUAGUAGUAGUACUAGUAAUACUAGUGGUGGUGUUGGUGGUGGUGGUGAUGGUUUAUCUCCGAUAUUACAAUCUAAUGAAAGUUAUCGAUAUGGAAGUAUUGUUUAA